CGGGCUGCUCCGCGCAGACUCCCCGAAUCCUCCCGCAUCCUCCCGCAUCCCAGCAUCAGACCGACCGAAGCGGAACGAGCGGAGCGACCCAUGAAGGCUUCCUCCCCGGGAUCACAGGCGUGUUUCCGCGGAUUCCUCCCCGCUGCUUCCCCUCCGGUGCGGAUGUGAAGUGGGAGUCUGUUCUCCUCCAUCUCUGCGCUGCUUCGCGUCCAAAGCUGCUCUCAGCCUCAAAAUGGCGGACAUCAUGGAGCUGGGACCCGCCUAUGCCAUGUCUCCGGUGCUGGCGGGCUUCCUCGGUGCCGGUGUUCUGGUUCUGGUGGUGGUGGUUCUGGUUCUGCUCUGGUCGUUCUGUCAGCGCCGCUACCUCCGGGUCACCGGGCGCUACAAGCUGCACGGCGACCGCUACUGCGAUGCAGAGGACCCGCCCUAUAAGUUCAUCCAUAUGCUGAAGGGCAUCAGCAUUUACCCAGAAUCCCUCAGCGGCAGCAAGAGAAUUGUUCGCGGCGUCCGACGAGCCGAGCGACCGGACAGGGACGGCUGCCCCGCCGGCGGCGCCGGAGGCAGGGGGAUGGUUCUGGUGGACGCAGAGAACAACAUCCUGGACGUCCCCGGCCAGCUGCAGAUGAGUCACCUGGUCCUGCCGUCCGGGUCGGGCCAGAACCGGCUGGAGCGGGCGCUUCCGGUCCGCGCCGACUACUGCUGCCUGGACAGCAGCUCGGCCAGCAGCAGCCAGAACAGCAGCAAGACGGCGUCCCCUUUCACCCCCGCCUCCUCCGAGCCAGAACCGGAACCCAACCUGGGCUCCCUCAGCCUCACCGUGGAUUACAACUUCCCCAAGAAGGCGCUGGUGGUGACGGUAGUCGGGGCCCGGGGCCUCCCCGCCGUGGACGAGCAGGCCGGCAGCUCCGACCCCUACGUGAAGAUGACCAUCCUGCCCGAGAAGAAGCACAGGGUGAAGACGCGCGUGCUGAGGAAGACGCUGGACCCCAUCUUUGACGAGACCUUCACCUUCUACGGCGUGGCCUACAGCGCGCUGCCUGAGCUCACCCUGCACUUCCUGGUCCUCAGCUUCGACCGCUUCGCCCGCGACGACGUCAUCGGUGAGGCCGUGGUGCCGCUGAAGGGCGUGGACCCGAGCACGGGCCGGGUCCACCUGAGCCAGCAGAUCACCAAGAGGAACAUGCAGUGCGAGAGCCGCGGGGAGCUGCUGGCGUCUCUCUCCUACCAGCCCGUGUCUCAUCGCCUCAGCGUUGUGGUCCUGAAGGCCAGACACCUCCCCAAGAUGGACAUGACGGGCCUGUCAGCCAAUCCGUACGUGAAGGUGAACGUCUUCUACGGCCGCAAGCGCAUCGCCAAGAAGAAGACCCACGUGAAGAAAUGCACGCUGAACCCCGUCUUCAACGAGUCCUUCAUCUACGACAUCCCUCCGGAGCUCCUCCCUGAGAUCUCCGUGGAGUUCCUGGUGGUGGACUUCGACCGGACCACCAAGAACGAGGUGCUGGGCCGCCUGCUGCUGGGCCUCCACAGCCCCUCCUCCUCCGGCGCCUCCCACUGGAGGGAGGUGUGUGAAAACCCCCGCCGGCAGAUCUCCAAGUGGCACAACCUGAGCGAGUACUGAGGAGGAGGAGGAGGAGCAGAAACCAGCUCCCAGCAGCUGGGACUCCGCCAGUGGAGACAGAGACUCAGUGUACAGCUCACCAUCCCCCCCCCCGCGCACACACA